ACAGGCCCGCCUCCCAGCGUGCCUGGUCGGCUCCAUUCAGCAGGUGAACCAGAUGAUUGCUGACAUAGACCUGAGUCCCAGCCCACUGGCGCACAGCCUGGCAAUUGAGAAAUAUGAGAUGGAGAAGAAGGCUUUAAAAAGAGAGCGAAGUCGCGGCGGCUUGGCAGACAGAGAAAAGAGCGAAGGAAAAUCACAGUAUAUUUGCAAGGGCUCAGAAUUCAGGAAUGUCAAAUCUUUCGUUAUCAAAAGGAAAACAGCCGAUAAAAAUCUCCUGGCAGAGCUGUACCAGUACCCAUCCUUUGACGACUCUAGGCCAAACAAUCUUCCAAAUGGGGUAGACUUCUGUGACUUGGUGGGCAACGUGAUCCUGGCUGAGAAAAACCCCCUUAGCGGCAAGUAUUUCUGUUCAGGUAGAGAAUUAGAGAAGUUUCUCUCUUCCCCUUCUCUAAGAGCUAUAUGGCUGGAUAGCUUCUGGUGGAUCUUUCAUGAAAGGUACCAGCCAAAGAAGGACAUCCAGAGCAAGCUGUUUGACCGGAUAGCCCAGAACUAUGCUUUUCUUUUGUUUUGUGAAUCCAGGACCCACUAUGAAGAGGCUCUCUUAAAAAGGCUGCCAUCGCUUCUGAGUAAAGCCCUGUACACCAGCUUCUGCUGCUGCUUCCCUCAGUCCUGGUUCAACACACACGAGUUCAAGUCUGACAUCUGUAACACGAUGAGCCUGUGGAUUUCAGGUAUAUAUCCUUGCCCACACAGCUAUAACAGCUGGGACUACUCAAAACUGGAUCCAGAAAGGUUCCGGAGAGAAGAAUUAAUGUUGCAGAGAAGAAGACUGAAGGGAAGAGGCAUAUCUUUCCUCACUGCUAGGAAGUACUCCGUCUGGAAGGCCACUCAGAACAGGAGGACCUGCUGUCAUCACUCUGGUGAUACGAAUUCAACCAAUGAGAGAGCCAGUUCUGCCCAGAAGAAUUCGGUGUAUGGCCCAAAAGAGCAUACCUAUCAUCCUCUGGUUUUGAGGAGACCCACAAAACAAGUCAGGAGGAUAUCAGAAGCAAGAGAACUUGAGAAUAUGCUUCCUAAGCAGUCUUACCCUGCCUGCAAAAGCCCUCCGCUGACUCCAAACCUCUUCAACAUUUAUGGCAAGAGUCCUCUGAUUGUGUACUUCCUCCUGAACUACUCCACCCUGCAGCAUCAUGGCCAAGACCUGUUGAUGGUCAGGAGAGAAAGAACCAAGAUCAUCCCUGAGUCCACCCUGACCUACGCUGAGGUCAUCAACCUGACCCUGAGCAACAUGAAGAAGCGGAGGGAAAACUUCCAGCAGUUGAACUGGCUUCACUGGAGUGAGUGGAAUUAUUUUGACGAGUACCUGAAGGAACUGCAGGACAACUUCCUCAGGGAGAUGAAGAAUAUUGAUCAAAGAGCAAAAGACAAAAAAAAGGCAAACCACAUGUUCAUCCAGGCUUCAACCUUCCUUGAGGACACUCCUGAAAAGAAAUCUAGAAGAAUUCAUCAGAGGGAGACUGAGUUUAUGUUGAGGAAGGGAAAGGAAGAGAGGGAUGGAGAAUGGAAACAGAAUUCAACUGACUCUUCCUUCUCACCAUCAAGCACUGAUGAAGUCUCUUCCCUGUAGGAACUAGGAAGCUCCUACAAAAUUUCUGACAUUCCUGCUAGUAGGAGAACAAAAACAGGAGGAAAAGAAACUUGUGGCCAAAGACUGAGAAAUAGAAAUAAAUAUUCCCAGGAUGGGGGAAAGAUU